CCCCCGGUGCUCCGCGCCUCGCCACCGCUCCGCGCCCCGUCGCCCGCCCGCCGCCACCAUGGAAGCCAUCAAGAAGAAGAUGCAGAUGCUGAAACUGGACAAGGAGAACGCCAUCGACCGUGCCGAGCAGGCGGAGGCUGACAAGAAGCAAGCGGAGGACCGCUGCAAGCAGCUGGAGGAAGAGCAGCAGGGUCUGCAGAAGAAGCUGAAGGGCACGGAGGAUGAGGUGGAGAAGUACUCCGAGUCUGUCAAGGAGGCCCAGGAGAAGCUGGAGCAGGCGGAGAAGAAAGCUACAGACGCUGAGGCUGAAGUGGCUUCUCUGAACCGCCGUAUCCAGCUGGUGGAGGAGGAGCUGGACCGAGCCCAGGAGCGCCUGGCCACUGCCCUGCAGAAGCUGGAGGAAGCUGAGAAGGCAGCAGAUGAGAGCGAGAGAGGCAUGAAGGUCAUCGAAAACAGGGCCAUGAAAGAUGAGGAGAAGAUGGAGCUCCAGGAAAUGCAGCUGAAAGAGGCGAAGCACAUCGCAGAGGAGGCUGACCGCAAAUACGAGGAGGUCGCCCGCAAGCUGGUUGUCCUUGAGGGAGAGCUGGAACGCUCAGAGGAGAGGGCAGAGGUGGCGGAGAGUAAAUGUGGUGACCUAGAGGAGGAGCUGAAAAUUGUCACCAACAACUUGAAGUCCCUGGAGGCCCAGGCUGACAAGUAUUCCACCAAGGAGGACAAGUAUGAGGAGGAAAUCAAGCUUCUAGGGGAAAAACUGAAGGAGGCUGAGACCCGGGCGGAGUUUGCAGAGAGGUCUGUGGCAAAGCUGGAGAAAACCAUUGAUGAUCUAGAAGACGAAGUGUAUGCGCAGAAGAUGAAGUACAAAGCCAUCAGCGAGGAGCUGGACAAUGCACUUAAUGAUAUCACCUCCCUCUGAGCCCCCCGCCGGACACCAGCACUGCACCCCUCCCUGCCUGCCUCUUCCCUCCCCAGCUCUUGCUUGCCUGGCUGUCCCACUACCCUCCCUGCCUGGUCUGUCCUCCUCCUGUCCUUCCUAGCCUGUGCCUGUCUGUCAGCUCCUUUGGGGCAGGUGCCGGCCCAGGGUGUUCCCGCAAUACCCCUCUUUGUGGGGAGUCAAGGUAUAGGUGCUUGGGGGUGCUGGGCAGGGCAGGGAAACAGCCUCUGGGACCCCGACGGGCUGCACGGACAGCGCCUAAUGCAGUUGCAGGUCUGUGACACAGCAUUGCCCAGUGGGAUACAGGGCUGUGCCCAGGAGCCCUUUGCUCCAGCAGCUCCCUCCUUGGCUCUCCAGCAGCAGGAGCGCAGGGAACCCUGCAGCUCUAGGGCCAGUGGGGCCACCUAACCCCCACAUCCCCCUAACAAAGUCCACCAGUGCUGCUUGCUGGGCCCAGUGUGGGAAGGACCUGCACAGAGGAAGCAGCAUCUCCGCUGCCAAAGCUCAGGCCCACGGGAUGAAGGGUUGGGUCCAGCUGCGCAGGCAGCUCUUUCCCAGGCAGGCAGGCAGGCAGGCAGUCCGUCCGUCCCAAGACCCCCAGCUCCUCCCGCAUCCCUGCCUCCCUUCUGUCCUUUGCACAUCGCUCUUCAGUUUGCAUUUCAUGACUUUUCUUUUAUGUUCUGUCCCUCUGGGUUACUGAGUUGGUCUCAAUAAAGCAUUUUUGUGUCCUUGGUUUCUCCUUUGUUUUCUUCAUGCCACUCUGUCCCUCAUCUCCUGCCUGUCUCAUACAGGUGCUGGUAGCAGGGUGGUAGGAGGUGGUCGCAGGUAGCUCGCAGCCGCUGGACGCCUGGGAUGGCUGUGGCUGAGCCCCGAGCGGCUCCCACGCUGCCAGGCUGAGCGGGAUGGGGCCCUUUUUGCCUCUGCCUGGAGAUGACCCCUGCCACCCCCCGGCCCUCAUACACAGCUUUCCUCAUCUUGUGCCAUCUUCUCCAUGACUCUUUUGUCCUGAAAUAGCAGGGUUAGACUUGGUCCUGUCCAUUCCCUGUCCCCACUCCCAGACAUUGCCUGCAAGCAGCGAUCUCAGCCGUGGCCUCUCUCCUGCAUCACUCUCCCUCAAUGAAGGGGCUGACCCUGCCCUUCAGCAGCAAUCCCUAAAUGGGUCCCUGAUCCUCCUCCUUCUUCCUCAGCAUCCUACCCUGCCCCAGAACCCAGUUCCCAAACUGAUGGACCCACAGCCCCAUCCCUGGCCCUGGACCAGCUGCCUGCUCCUGCCAGUCCAGCUUGUCCCUGCUGCUGGCUGGGUGGCUGUGGGAUUUCCAGUUAGGGCUUUGGGGAACACUGUUUUCUUUUCACUAACUUGCCUUUCUCUCUCUCUUCCCUCUGCUGCGCUGAUGUCUCUGUUUUCUCUAGAGCGCUCCCGGCAGGAGGCUGAGAAAAACCGUGUUCUCACUAACGAGCUGCGGGUCAUCCUUACUGAACUUAACAACUGAGCUGCCCAGAGCUCCCGGCCCCAGCCCAGCCUCCCUGCCUCAUUUUGGCCAGGCUGGCUCGGGGCUGGGAGCCCCUACCCGCUCCCCGCCAGAACUAGGCAGGGUGGGGAGCCUUGGCUUAUGCUCCUGGGGGUAACCGCCCUGCUUGGAGGGGGACAGGGAGCCUCUCUGCAGCUGGUCGGUUUUUCCUGGGAGAGGAAUGAGGGGUUUUGAGAUGUCGUGGGACGCCCACAUGGUGAUGGCUGUCCGCCGGCAUCAGCCUGGCCCUGCUGGGGAGGGAUGCAGUGGUUUCUAUCGCUGCCUUCCUCCCCUUGUCCCAGGACUCAGCGGCCAGCCUCUUCCUCCUCACUCUGGUCACCCCAAACUGUGCAAGGAGGAUCCCCUCAGAGCAGGGUCCCUGCAGGGUGCUGGGAGGGCUGAGAUAGGAACUGGGGACCCGGCAGCACCCGCUGCCCCAAACUUGGAGCAGGGGACAGGGAAGAGCCCAGCAGGGAGUGCUGGGAGAUGAGGCUGAGUGGGCAGAGUUCUCGUCCCAUCCCCGUCUCUGGAGGGAAGGAGGAUGCCAUCUGGAAGCGAACACCGGAGGAGGCUGCCUCGGCAGUAAGCUGCCUGGCAGAGCUCAUCCCUGCAGCCUCUUUAGCUCUGCUCCUUCUCUGUCUGCCCACCCUUCUGGGCUCCUGUCUCACUCCUUUUCUUCAUGGAGCACCACUGGGUCAUGCAGCAGGCACUGUCUCUCCUCUUUUCGCUGGCCAAGCAUUUGUGCACGUGCCCACAGCCAGCUGGUGGUGAUGCCCUGAGGCAGGAUAUACUGGUGACUGGCCAAGGAAUGGUACCCGCCAGUGGUACCAGCGCUGCGGAGGGCCCAGCCAUGGGCAACCGGGCACCAUGGGACAAUGGAAAUGCUGAAGAGCGGGGACUGCCUGCCCCCAGUGACCAGCCUGGCUGGCCUGGCCACCCCAGCAGGUCCUGGAGCAGCUGGGCUCAUCCCUGCCAGCGAUGGGGCUGCUUGCAUGCAGUCUGCUCCGCAGGGAUGCCCCACUUAGCUGGAGUCUGUCACUGUACUGAAAUGUCCAUCUGUGUGUGUGUCUGUGGUUGGUGUGAUGUGUGUGUGUCCGGCUGCAUCUGGGUACA